AUGAUUUCUACCUCCAUGACCAAGCUGCAAGUGAAAAUGUCGGAGGAUAAGGGUUCCUCUCUGACCUCUGACCUUUGUGUUGUUUCCUCUACUGCAGGAGAGACGAUCAGGGCUGAACCUGGAGAAGAUGCCAUCCUGCCAUGUACAGUUCCUGAGAAAAAACCUGUGAAAAUCGUAGACUGGAGCAGAACUGAUCUUGGGGAAUAUGAUCAUGUUGCUCUGUAUCGAAAUAAUGGGUUUGAUGAUGAGUGUCAGCAUCCAGCUUAUAAGAACCGAGUGGCUCUACUGGACAGAGAGAUGAAGGAUGGAGACGUGUCUUUGGUUCUGAAGAACGUGACGACUAAUGAUAAUGGAACAUAUGAAUGUAGAGUUGAUGGGAUUAAAUAUAAUCGCAGGAAGAGAUCUCACCUGAAGAAUGAACCCAUCAGUAUCGUCACCCUGGAUGUUUCUGCUCCAGGAAACAAAGAUGAACAAAAGAAGGAUGGAGGGAAUGAGGAAGGACAAAAGAAAGAUGGAGUGAACAUCACUGCACUGAUAGUUGGUGUCUCAGUUGGAGUUCCUGCUGUUCUGGUUCUAUCUGCUGUUUCAGGUUUUCUGCUCUAUAACAAACAGAGACGUUCAUCACAGCAACAGAACCAGCCUCCUGCAGCAGAAGCAGAACUUCAAGCAAUGAAUGUUGAAAUCAAUCAAGAAACUGGACUGUGA